AUGGAAGGGAAGAAUGACAGAGUUUUAUCGGUUAUUGUUAUUCGAGUUCAUGGCUGCCAAUUUGCUGAGAUCCCUUUUGCUGCAACCAGAUCAAAACAUCAAAAGAAAGGGUUAUGCAAAACGCUUCUUGACAAUGUUGAAGUUUUCUUGAGGGAUACAGGUAUCCACAAAGUAAUUUUACCAAGUCUUGAAGGAACGAAAAAAACAUGGAAGAGAUGGGGGUUUAAAGAAAUGAAAGCUCCAGAGAAGAAGAAGUUGGAAGGGUACCACAUCGUUGAUUUUGAGAAUUUUCCCGAUUUCAACAGCACGCGUCGAGGGUAUGAACAUGUUGCUUAUGGUUUGCUCCUCCCAGAAGAUUCCAUGCCCUUUAAUAAGGGAUUUAAGAUGUUUGGAAAGAAGGCCUCUGAAAGUAAUGGUUUUGGAAAUCUUCAUGGACACAGGAAUCAUCGCACCGAGAAACUGUUUCUGAAGACAAAUCCAGAUACCCAAUAUGACUUGUCUGAUUGGUCAACCCAUGAGAAGGUUAUUGCAGCUCUUUCUGAUGAUACAUCUGGUCAUCAGAAUGAAGGAACUUCUGUUAGCCCCACAAGUAAUAAAGGGUUAUUGGUUCUUCUGCAUGCAUGGAUUUUGGCUCAACUUGAUGCCAUUAUGUCUUUUUCCAAAACCGAACUAAAUUCAAUGGUUUUGGGGAAUAAGAUGUUGCUUCACUUUCAGGUGAAAGGCAAUGAUUUAGCAAAACUACAUGAAUCACAUAAUCGUUCUUUUGAAGUAAAAAAGAAAACCGGGGAAUCAUCAGUUGAUAUCAUGUAUGUUCUCUCGGUUUCUGAGGAUUCUAUGCAAGGUGGAGUAGCUUAUGAGAUUGAGUUUUCUGAAGGAAACAAGAAGACCAUGAAUAAGAAAAGCUUAGAUUUCUUUCUUCAGAAAUUGGAAAAGGGUGAUGGUUUACCUCUUCAUACAGUCAAAGAAAGAAUAUCUGACAAGCGUUCCAACUUGGAGAUUUCUUCCUUGAGCUGGAUGGGCACAACAGCUGCUGAUGUGACUAAUAGGUUAAUGGUGUUACUGUCACCUUCCUCUGGGAUAUUCUUAAGUACUUACAAUCUUCCUUUCCCUGGACAUGUGUUGAUUUAUGGACCUCCAGGUUCUGGGAAGACAUUAUUAGCCACAACUGUUGCAAAAACUAUUGAAGAACAUGAAGACAUCUUGGCACACAUAGUGUAUGUAGGUUGUUCUAAACUUGCUUCAAGUAAGUCCCAAGCUAUCCAUCAAGCCCUUUCUAGUUACAUAUCUGAAGCCUUGGAUCAUGCUCCUUCCCUUGUGGUACUUGAUGAUCUUGAUAGCAUUAUAGCAUCACCUAAUACCUCAGAAGACAAUCACUCUUCACCUUCUUCUACUUUGCUCAUGGAAUUUCUCAUAGGCAUCUUGGACGAAUAUGAGGUAAAGAGGAAGCAUUCAUGUGGAAUUGGUCCCAUUGCAUUCAUAGCUUGUGUUCAGACCCUAACCAGUAUUCCACAAACCUUAAGUUCCUCUGGCAGGUUUGACUUUCAUGUCCAACUGGCUGCUCCUGCAGCUGCUGAACGUGGGGCUUUACUUAAAUAUGAGAUUCAAAAACGUUGUUUGUCCUGUUCUGAUGAUGUUUUGUUAGAUAUAGCUUCCUCAUGUGAUGGAUAUGAUGCGUAUGAUCUGGAAAUCCUGGUGGAUAGGUCAGUUCAUGCUGCAAUUGGUCGGUUUGUGUCUCGUGGGUUGACUUUUGGGAGCGAGAAAAACCCUAAUUUGACCAAGGAUGAUUUUGUACAAGCAAUGAAAGGGUUUCUGCCUAUUGCUAUGCGUGAUGUUACUAAAUCUGCUUCUGAAGAAGGACAUGGAGGCUGGCAGGAUGUUGGUGGUCUAAUUGAAAUUCGCAAUUCUAUCAAAGAGAUGAUUGAAUUACCUUCAAAGUUUCCAAUGAUCUUUUCACAAGCUCCUUUACGGUUGAGGUCAAAUGUUCUGUUAUAUGGGCCCCCGGGUUGUGGUAAAACACAUAUUGUUGGUGCUGCUGCUGCUGCAUGUUCACUACGCUUCAUCUCUGUCAAAGGGCCCGAGCUGUUGAAUAAAUACAUUGGUGCUUCUGAGCAAGCCGUACGUGAUAUAUUUUCAAAAGCAGCAGCUGCAGCACCAUGCCUCCUCUUUUUUGAUGAAUUUGACUCCAUUGCUCCAAAAAGGGGUCAUGAUAACACUGGUGUGACCGAUCGAGUUGUUAAUCAAUUUCUAACAGAGUUAGAUGGUGUUGAGGUGCUGACUGGAGUAUUUGUAUUUGCUGCCACCAGUAGACCUGAUCUACUCGAUGCUGCCCUGCUGCGACCCGGAAGAUUAGAUCGUCUGCUUUUCUGUGAUUUCCCAUCACCACAAGAGAGAUUGGAUAUUCUUAAAGUUCUUUCUAAAAAGUUACCAAUGGCGAAUGAUGUGAAGUUGGAAGGCAUAGCACGAAAAACACAAGGAUUUAGUGGAGCAGAUCUCCAAGCUCUGUUAUCAGAUGCACAGCUGGCAGCUGUUCAUGAUCUUCUCAACAGUGAAGACCCUCACAAGCCUGGAAAUAAACCGGUGAUCACCAAUGCACUUUUGAACUCGAUUGCCUCCAAUGCAAGACCUUCAGUUUCAGAAGCAGAAAAACACAGAUUAUACAACAUUUAUGGCCACUUCUUGGAUGCUAAACAAUCUGCUUCUGCACAGUCGAGAGAUGCCAAAGGGAAAAGAGCAACACUUGCGUAA